AGUAUUUACUUGAAGCGUAAUAGCACUAAUAAUAGUUUAUAAUUUUUAACGCAGCAUGAUGUCGAAUAAAAAAAGCUUAGAGUUCAUUAAAAACAUUACAAAUAUUAUAACUAAGUCUACUGGCUUCGAAAAGACAAUGGAAAAGAUUCAAAUAACCGAUGGUGGAGAGGGUAAAUGCACUGCUAUAUUUAAAGUAGCACCUGAGCAUCUUAAUCGCGGUGGUUUUUUACAUGGAGGUUUCACAGCUACUAUUGUUGAUAUGGUGACAACUUACGCACUGAUGACUAAGCCCUGUCCCCCUGGUGUAUCAGUCGAUUUACAUGUCACUUAUUUAAAGGCCGCUAAGGAAGGAGACGAUAUCAUUGUUUCUGCCAAGACUCUUCGGGCAGGGAAAAAACUGGCUUUUCUUGAAUGUGUUCUGCAGAAAAAUGAUGGUACAGUUAUUGCGAAAGGAAAUCAAACGAAAUUCAUUGAUCAAUAAAUGUGGCGCAAUCCGGCAGAUUUCCAAAUACAUACAUAUUUAUGUAACAAUUAAGUGAAAUGAGCACCUAAAAUUUUCUGUAAUUCUUAAAUAUCAUAUUUUAAGUAAAUAAACUAUAUCCAGUCUCCACUAGGAACGUU